CCUCAGAUCGUCUGAAUGAAAAACCUCAAAACGCGCAACGCCCGAGGUGGCUCAGCCCAUAGGUGUUUGAAAACUGAAAGUUAUUCAGUAAUCUGUGACGGGAAACUUUUGGGCGAUGUCAGCUUUGAUACGCGCUUCUGGAGACUCUCUGGCGCGUACCGGAUUCCUCGCGCACCUGUCGACGCGCGUCAAAACAAACCGACCGAGCGAGAUCCCGGAGACCGUUAUUUGCGACACGGAAUAACUUUUAAUUCUCCCUUCAGCGCGUCAACAUCUACAGCCUGUCUUCAGAGAUACUGGAAAAUGUUCUCUUUAAGGACCCGACUGCCUAAUAUCGGAAUUAUUGGCUCGCUGGCGAAGGAAAUCGCAAAGAGCAGCUCAGCGUGCGAUAACGCGGCGACGAGGACGUUCAGCUUAUCUCGCUCGAGUCGAGAACUGAUCGUCCCGGCAUCCACGGAUCAACAUAAAUCGAAAAACAGACAAGUGACCAAUAAAGGUCUGUUCUCUGGACUAGAAGACAUGCUUUUCUACACUAUAACUGAAGGAGCGGAGAAGGUUCCUGUGUCUCAUUUUAUUGCUGCAGUGAAAAGCACCGGCCUUCUGACCUCUGACCCCAGAUUGCGCGACUGCAUGGAAAAGAUUCGCCAAGCUGUCCGGGAAUCAGCCGGCGAAGUCACGAUGGACCGUGAGCUCUUCCGAAAGUGUGUGGGCGGCAACAUAGUCCUGCUGAGUCUCGCUUUCAGGCGAAAGUUUAUCAUUCCGGAAUUCGAGGCAUUCGUGGGCGUCAUCAAUCAUAUUUAUUACACAUCAAAAGUGCAACAUGAUGGACAGGUUGCAAAAUACAUCCCCCAUCUGACCAAGUUCAGUCCUGAUCUUUGGGGCGUCUCUCUGUGCACAGUCGAUGGGCAACGGCACUCCGUGGGAGACACGAAGGUGCCGUUCUGCUUGCAGUCGUGCGUGAAGCCGCUGGAAUACGCCAUGGCCGUACACGAGCACGGCACGGAGCGCAUUCACCACUACGUAGGGAAGGAGCCCAGCGGAUUCAAAUUCAACAAACUCUCCCUAGAUGAAGAAAAUAAACCUCACAAUCCAAUGGUCAAUGCUGGAGCAAUAGUCAUCAGUUCACUUAUCAAGCCAGGUGUCAACAAGGCCGAGAAGUUCGACUACGUGAUGGACUUUGUGAAGAAAAUGACAGGCAGGGAGUAUGUGGGCUUCAGCAACGCAACGUUCCAGUCUGAGAAGGAGACAGGAGACAGAAACUACGCGAUAGGAUACUACCUAAAAGAGAAGAAAUGUUUUCCUGUAGGAGCGGAUAUGAUAGACGCACUGGACUUUUAUUUCCAGUUGUGCGCCAUAGAGGUCACGUGCGAGUCUGGCAGUGUAAUGGCCGCCACAUUGGCUAACGGAGGCAUCUGUCCAAUCACAGGAGAGAGAGUUCUGAGCACAGAAGCCGUACGAAACACGCUGAGCCUCAUGCACUCCUGCGGGAUGUACGACUACUCGGGACAGUUCGCUUUCCAUGUUGGAUUGCCUGCUAAAUCCGGAGUGUCUGGUGCUGUUCUUCUGGUGGUGCCAAACGUGAUGGGUGUCAUGUGUUGGUCGCCCCCUGUGGACAAAGUUGGGAACAGCGUCCGUGGAAUACGCUUCUGUCAGGAACUGGUGUCUUUGUUCAACUUCCACAAUUAUGACAAUCUGAAGCACUUCCUGAAGAAGCAGGACCCUCGCAGGCAGUCAGGUGACGACAGGAAUAAGUCAGUGGUGAACCUUAUGUUCGCGGCCCACAGUGGAGAUGUUUCAGCUCUGAGAAGAUUUGCCCUUUCAUCCAUGGAUAUGGAGCUGAAGGACUAUGACUCUCGAACACCUCUUCACAUAGCAGCUGCAGAGGGUCACAUGGAUGUGGUACUAUUUCUGACGCAGUCCUGCAAAGUCAACCCUUUAGUGAAAGACCGGUGGGGAAAUAUUCCUCGGGAUGAUGCCAUGCAGUUUGGACGCAAAGACGUGGCGAAGAUCUUGGAAGAAUAUGAGCAGAACUACAGUUUGCAAAUGUCUCAGAUUGACACAGACGACCGUACUCAUCAAUCCAAACUUUCUUCUCUGGAGGGAUGACUGUAAUCUGCUGCGAAUGUAACUAAUUUAACGACUAUAGAUCAGAUAUUGUGAAAAUAAGGGCACAUUUAUUGAAGUAUAUCCCUACAGAGAUAAAAGGCUCACUAUGUUUAUUAUUGUAUUAUUUUGAUGUGUAAAUAUGAGAUUUUUGUACAUAAUUUAGUUAACAUAUCUUCUUGAAACUGUCUGCAUAUCGAGUGAGUACAGUAUUUGUGACUAAUAAACAAACCAACCAUACCAACAUUUUA